GAAUGCGCAGGUUACAUCUGGAUUUGUAGCCUACGCCCUGUGGACGUUCACACACCACCAGCGACAAGGCAAGCAAUUGGCAAAUAUUCAGACAGAGAUGGAGGCGGUUUCAAAAUGUGACGCUGCGACGACUGCAUGCGCUGCAUGUAGCAUCAUACUGUAUCUCAUUCGGGGGACUCAUUUGUAAAUAUUUUCUGGCUCUUGCACGUCUAUAGUCUACCUUAUUAUACAUAUGUGUUAUAUCAGUUCAAGCUGGCCGAUACAUAUUUGAAAUCAUUUAGCGUUUGGAAAGACAUUGAGGAAGUUCCGACAUUCGGUGGCUGUGAAACUCUGUCAUACACGUAUCAUGACUUAUAAGGCAAACAUUUAAGGAAGAGAUUACCUUGCGCUACCAUGGAUGUUAUCGGGGUCUCAUUCCUCAAUCCCCUGGACGAUUAUGAACUGAUCCAUCGAGUUGGUAGUGGCACGUACGGUGAUGUUUUCAAGGCUCGUGAAAUCAAAACCUCUGUGAUCGCAGCAAUCAAAGUAGUGAAGCUGGAUCCAGGAGAAGAUGUGACCUGUAUCCAGCAGGAGAUCUCCAUGAUGAAGGAGUGCACUCAUCGGAACAUUGUGGCAUAUUAUGGCAGCUACCUCAGGAACAAUAAGUUGUGGAUCUGUAUGGAGUACUGUGGAGGAGGGUCACUGCAGGACAUCUACCAUGUGACAGGCCCACUGAAGGAGAAGCAGAUUGCUUUCAUCUGUCGGGAAACACUCCAGGGUUUGCAUCAUCUGCAUCAAAGUGGAAAAAUGCACAGAGACAUUAAGGGUGCCAACAUCCUUCUGACCGAGCAGGGAGAUGUGAAAUUGGCUGAUUUUGGUGUGGCGGCUGAGAUUGAUGCCUCUCUGGCAAAGAGAAAGUCUUUUAUCGGAACUCCUUACUGGAUGGCUCCUGAGGUGGCGGCCGUGGAGAAGAAGGGAGGAUAUAACCAGCUGUGUGACAUCUGGGCCGUGGGCAUCACGGCCAUCGAGCUGGCUGAGCUGCAGCCUCCCAUGUUUGACCUGCACCCAAUGAAAGCCCUGAGGUUGAUGACAAAGAGCAGCUUCCAGCCUCCAAAGCUGAAGGACAAACCCAAGUGGUCAGCAGACUUCCACGGCUUUGUAAAGAUGUCUCUCAACAAAAACCCUCGCAAGAGACCUACUGCAGAAAAGCUUUUGCAGCACCCCUUCAUGAUCCAGCUGUUAACUCGAGCCCAAGCCAUUGAGCUGCUGGACAUGGCAAGAAACCCUGACCUCCAGCCCGCACUCACCAUGGACGAGAGCGAUCUGGAUAUUUGUGAUGCGUUUCCUGAUAAGAUCCAGUCUUUGGGAAGACACCUUCGAGCAGAAAGAACCCUUUCAGAGGAGCAGUUCAACCGCGUGAAGUUCGGACCUCCGAUGAGGAAGGAGACGGACCCCUGGCCUGAUCUGGGCUCUUAUGAUGAUUGGAGUAUCUCAGGGGAUGAACAAAGUUCUCCGAGUCUACUGGAGUGUGUGGAGGAGGCCUUAAUGGAGAGGAGCCUGACCAUAAAGAGGGCCCCCGCGGCAGCGCACAGCCCAGUAGAGGAGGAGGAUAAAUCUGGGACAGUGAGGCGGUGUGUGGGGGGCAGUGUCCCCUCCCCUCCCUCCCUGGAAGACAGUCACCCACCCACCCCAUCCAGUUCUACUGCAGGGGGCGUGGUACAUGAGGAGCAGUGGCCUGGGGUGAGCUCGCUCCCUUCCCAAGUCCCACCACUCUCUCCUGAGUGGAGCACACUGAGGAGACAGGCUAAGGACUCUGGAGCUGAGUGCCAUGGACUACCGCGAACCCCCAAAGUACAUAUGGGAGCCUGUUUCUCCAAGGUGUUUAACGGCUGUCCUCUGAAGAACCAUGCUGCAGUUUCCUGGGUCUGGCCAAAAACGCGAGACCAGCACCUCAUCAUAGGAGCAGAGGAGGGCGUCUAUACCCUCAACCUCAACGAGCUUCAUGAAGACACCAUGGAGAAGCUGCUCCCACAAAGGUGCACCUGGCUGUACGUCAUGAACAAUGUCCUCAUGUCUGUCUCAGGGAAGUCCUCCCAGCUGUGCUCCCACAGCCUUCCAGAGCUGUUCAACCAGCGUAGACAACUGCAGAAGAAGCAGGGCCACCUGUCCAUCAGCACCAAUCGGCUGUCAGGGAGGAUCAACCCCAGGAAGUUUGCCAUUUCCGUGAAGAUCCCUGACACCAAAGGAUGCCGCAGGUGCAGCGUGGUUCGUAACCCCUACACUGACAGUACCUUCCUGUGUGGGGCUGUGCCUUCUGGUCUUGUCCUGCUGCUCUGGUAUGAGCCCAUGCAGAAGUUCAUGCAGCUCAAACACAUAGCGGUUAGCCUCCCAGAACCCCUCCCCAUCUUUGAGCUGCUGGUUCGAGAGACAGACGAGCUGCCCCAGGUGUGUGUGGGAGUGAGGGAGUGUGCCUCAGGGCAGGCAAGUCUGCUCUCCAAUCACAAGCUGGAGUUUGACAUCAUAUCUCUGACCUCUGACACAGCCAGCACCCCCCCAGAUAUGUCGUCCCUGAAAGCUGUACAGGUGACGCAGCUGGAUAGAGACACGGUCCUCAUCACACUGGAGAAGACUGUUAAGGUCGUGACCUUGCAGGGACUGCCAUGCAGAGACAUGACCUCUGACCUGACCUUUGACUUUGCCAUUGAGACUCUGGUCUGUCUACAGGACAGCGUACUGGCAUUCUGGAAGCAUGGUCUUGUAGGGCGGAGUCUGCACAAUAAUGAGGUCACUCAGGAGAUCACAGACGAGAGCCGCAUUUUCCACGUCCUGGGAACCCACAGGGACAUCAUCCUGCAGAGUACUCCCACGGAGAACCCCACCGCCCCCAGCAACCUGUACAUCCUGACGGGCCACGAGAGCAGCUGCUGAUUCCCAUCACAUGAUCCCAUUCCCUUAGAAAUGGCCCACCGCAUGAGACCUGUGAUAGGACAGCAACAACCACAGCUUGAGACCCGAUAGGACAACACACUGAGUCCUCUGAUGGGACUACAGCACAUCAAGACCUGCAAUAAGACAGUGACCAAAACACUCUAAGACCUAUGAUAGGAGGACAACGCUCCUGUGAUAGAUGUUCUCAGUCUACAUGUGCACAUACAGUACAUACUUAUACACUUACAGGUGUGCAUCAAUAGGUUACAUACUCACACACAUGCAUACAUAUAUUAGAACAUUCAUACAUCUGUAUUGCAUAGACCUACAUAUAGAUGCACACACAGACAUGUGUGCACACACAUUUAAACAGCAUACAUGUAUACAAGCAUGUCUCUCCAUAUACAAGCAAUCCUGGUCAGGCCUGGGGGGGCAGGAAUAUACCCUGGACAGGGCACUGAUCCAUCACAGAGCUGACACACCAUUCCCUCACACGCUCAUACCCACAAUGUAGAGUCUCUAGUUAGCCUGCGUGUCUUUGGACUGUGGGAGGAAACCGGAGUACCCAGCGGAAACCCACGCAGACACAGGGAGAACAUGCAGACCCUCUUACUGUGAGGCUACAGUGCUAUUCACUGCACCACUGUGCACCCACUGCCAAAUGCACACAAGAAUUUUACUGCAUACACGUAGUGUGUCAUCACUGCAUACUGAACUGGUCCCCUGCUUUUACACUGUGUAAUGGGACCAAGUUUUGGAGUAUGAACUUACUCCCUGCUGCACACAGAAGUCAUAAGCAAUCAAAUGACCAGCACAGUGAUAACAUACAAUGAAUUGACAAGCGCAAUGAUAACAUACAAUCAAAAGACCAGUACAGGGAUAACACACUAUCAAAGGACAAGUACAAUGAUAACAAUCAAUUGACCAGGACAAAAAUUGUACACAAUCAUGUGGCCAGGGCAGUGACUACAUAUGAUCACCCGAGCAGCAUGGUUAUUCUGAAGGAUCACCUGACUGGCACAACCUGUUACAAGGCAGAAUGUUUUACAAUAAUAUCAAGCAACAUAAAUAAACAAUGCCAAUCUGAGUAUGUGUUCCCACAAAGCAGUCUAAUUAAAUUAUUAUAAUUUUUUUUUUUUUUAAGAUAUUUUUUAGGCCUUUUUCAGCUUUAUUGGACAGUAUAUAGAGACAGGAAGAAUGGGGGCGAGAGAGAGGGAAAGACAAAUUGUCAGACGGUCGGAUUCGAACCGUUGACGUCACGCGUCACAAUGAGCAUGCGGUCAGUGCUCUGCAGGCUGCACCACCGAGACACCAGUCUAAUUAAAUUAUAAUAUGAAUUGUAUUUGUUGUGACUGCCCAGAAAGUCUCAAGGAAGAGCCACCCAAACAAAUAGCCUUAACAGUAGCAGGGUGAAUAUUACACAAAUCUAACUGAACAGGUUGUACAAUCCUGUUGUACAUUCACCAAACCAGCACAACCGUUACACUUGUACUUAACCAGGUGAUAGAACAAACGGGUAGAAUGCUCUAUAGUCUCAGAUGAGACGUUGCUGUGGACUCAGGGUCAUCAGGUUCAUCAGGUGUGGGAACUUUUCUGUGAUCCAGCAGAUGAGAAUAUCAGAUCCUCAUUUUCUUAUCGCAUGGAAAACAAUACUGUGAAAUCUUUAGCUAAAUAUUUUGCUACAGUUUUUUUUUUUUCAAUAUCACACUCUGUCAAUGUCAGUUUUUAAUGUGCUGUAAAAUAAAAAAUAAAACUGAA